AUGACUGUAAAGAGCUUUAUCAAAAGCUCCCAGGAAGACAACUCUAUUCCUCAAGAUCCCCCAGUGCAGAAUUAUCCUCCUGGCGUCAAUUAUCUUUCGCUAUUCAGCCAAAAGGGAAAAUUGACCGUCAUUACUGGUGGCGCAGGUGCUAUCGGUGGUGCAUUGUGCGAGGGUUUCGCCUCAUGUGGGUCUGAUGUUGUGAUUCUUGACACGAAGUUCCAACCAGAACUUUCCCAACACUUGGAGAAAACGUAUGGGAUUCAGUCCAAAUCGUUCCAAGUGGAUAUCACCAACAUUGAAGAUGUCAUGCUUGUGUUUGAAAAGAUCUUAGAAGAGUUCCCCGGCCGCGAGUUGAACACUUUUAUUGCUAAUGCCGGCAUUGCGUGGACCAACGGGUCCAUCUUGAAUGAGGGGUCUACUCCAGAGAUGUGGCACAGGGUUAUGAAUGUCAAUGUGCAGGGAACUUACCACUGUUGUAGAUACGCUGCCGAAAUUUUCAAACGUCAGGGCCAUGGCAACUUGAUAUUGACUGCUUCUAUGUCAAGCUACAUCAACAACGUUCCUAAUUACCAGACUUGUUACAAUGCGUCGAAAGCCGCUGUGAGACAAAUGGCCAAAGGGUUUGCUGUGGAGUUCGCUUCGUUGACCACACCAGCUGGGAAAAUCAGAUGCAAUUCCGUCUCUCCCGGUUACACUGACACCGUGCUAUCCUCUUUCGUCCCAACAGAGCAACGCGCGCGCUGGUGGGGGCUAACUCCUAUGGGACGCGAAGCUCUGCCCCAAGAAUUAGUUGGUGCCUAUUUGUACUUGGCCUCAGACGCUGCAACCUACACCAACGGGUGCGAUAUCCAAGUCGAUGGCGGAUACACAUGUGUUUAA